UAUUUGCUACACGUCAGACGUCACUGCAAAGUUCUAGAUUGUUCCAUUCUCGAACUUCAUUCGUCCUAGUUCCAUUGCUGUAAUACUUACCUGCUGGUACUCUUCUAGUCUUCGUCGUUCCAUUCGACUGAGAUUCAUACCGAGAAAGGAAAUUACACCGUAUUUUAUAUUAACGUUUGAUUUAUAUUUAAAAAAACAAUCAACUAUCAAUAAUGCCACGAAGAGGAAGAUCGGCUUCGCCAACAAGGGCUUCUGCUCCAACACGUGCACCUGUUAGCCAUCCUCCAGCCCCUGUCGCCUCACAACCACCACCGAUGGUCGCACAGCAACAACCUAAACAGCCUGGGCUUUUUGGACAGAUGGCAGCUACGGCCGGUGGUGUCGCCGUCGGAUCAACUAUUGGCCAUGUCGUAGGGGCUGGACUAACUGGAAUGCUGGGUGGCGGAGGUUCAUCUGACCAUGCUGCAGCUGCAGCCCCUGCACCUGUGCAGCAGGCCUCUAACACCGGGGCUCAAGAACCGACUGGACCGUGUGCUUGGGAAAUCAAACAGUUUUUGCAAUGUGCUCAACAACAGUCCGAUCUUUCUUUAUGCCAAGGCUUCAACGAAGCUAUUAGGCAAUGUAGAGAGUCAAACAAUAUAAUAUAAUAAGCACAACUUUAGGAUGGAAACAAAUUAAAUUUAGCAUGUAGUUCUAGCAAGAGUCAAGAAUGCAUAUAGAAAAUCCGUAAAAAAAAUUGUUUAAUUCUGAUAAAUAAAUUUUGUCAAAUUGCAUUGUUUAUUUGUUUUAAAAUAUGGCAAUACAUUUGUCUUAUCGACCCAUUAUAAUGUUUCUUUAAUAUACCAAAUAAAUUGACUUUUUGCGGA